AUGACCCAAGAACCGCUGUUCAACGGAACCUCGUGCGUUGCGCUGUACGCAGCUACUGGUCCGCUGUUCAAGGACACAGUGAACUUUUACAGGGAUAUCCUCGGGUUUUCUGUGGUAUCAGAGGAUUCGCAAUCUACGUGUCUGGCGGUUAACCAUGGUCUGGAAUCCAGUGCCGUGGUAGUGACGCUGGACACCGCCAAAGCAGAAUCCCCAAGCCAGAUUAGCGACAACAUCGACAACUUUGCGAGGCACGCCGUUUCUCGUGAUUGGCGUACUUUGUUGGGCAACGUAUCCUUUAAGACGAAUGAUAUACGUGGUUUGACUGACUCUCUUUCAGCUGCUGGAUGUCUGGUGCAACUCAAGCCGGAUGACCUUGACCCGUUCGAGCUCUACACUGUGGAUCCACUGGGCACUCUAGUGGGCUUUUCGGCCUUGCAGAACCCUUUCGGAGUUGCCAAGCCGCCUGGACAGAAGCCUGUGGAGGUGUCCACACCAUUGGGAACUCCAGGGGCUGCCACUCCUGCCAGAGUGGUGGACUCCGUUUCGAGAGCCGGUAUCCAACGCAACAUUGCCGUGAUGACCUCCGGUGGUGAUGCGCCCGGAAUGAAUGCCAACGUGCGCGCUGUAAUCCGCACGGCCAUCUUCAGGGGUAGCAGGGCUUUUGCCAUUUACGAAGGCUACACGGGACUUGUUCGUGGUGGUCCGGAGUACAUCCGUGAGAUGCAUUGGCACGAUGUUCGUGGCUGGCUCGCCGAAGGAGGUACCAAUAUCGGAACUGCACGUUGCAAGGAGUUUCGUGAACGGGCGGGCAGACUUCAGGCCUGUUUUAAUCUGAUUUCCGCUGGAAUUGAUGCCUUGGUCGUUUGUGGAGGAGAUGGCUCUUUGACAGGUGCAGACCUGUUCCGGGCCGAAUGGCCUUCUUUAGUAGAGGAAUUAGCCAGUUCCGGCAAGAUUUCAGCUGAUCAGGCCACACAAUAUGCUACUCUGAACAUUUGCGGAACAGUCGGCUCGAUUGAUAACGAUAUGGCGUCUACAGAUGCCACCAUCGGAGCCUAUUCGUCUCUGGCACGUAUCUGUCAGGCAAUCGACUACAUUGAUGCUACUGCCAAUUCUCAUCAAAGAGCGUUUGUGGUGGAAGUGAUGGGUCGUCACUGUGGUUGGUUGGCGUUGAUGGCUGGUAUUGCUACGAACGCAGACUACAUUUUCAUCCCCGAGAAGCCAGCCUCCAAGAAGGACUGGGAAGACCACAUGUGCGGUAUCGUUGGAAAACACAGAAAGCGCGGCAAGCGGAAGACCAUCGUUAUUGUUGCUGAGGGUGCUAUUUCAAACGAUCUUAAACCAAUCACAUGCAAGGAUGUGCUAAAGGUUUUGGUUGACAGACUCGGUCUGGACACUAGGAUCACAACCUUGGGCCACGUCCAACGUGGAGGAACAGCAGUUGCUUACGACCGUAUUCUGGCCACCAGACAAGGUGUUGCGGCAGUUGAUGCCGUUUUGGCAGGAAACGCCGAUACUCCUUCGCCAAUGAUCGCCGUGGCUGAAAACAAAAUCGUUUCUAGACCUUUGGUCGAUGCCGUAAGACUGACGAAGCAAGUUGCGGAGGCCAUAGAGAACCGUGACUUUGCCAAAGCAAUCUCUCUUCGUGAUGCUGAGUUCAACGAGCAUCUCCACAACUUCAUGGCCAUCAACUCGGCCGACCACGGAGAACCUACUCUGCCUGUUGAGAAGCGCAAAAGGAUAGCAAUUGUCAACGUAGGAGCUCCAGCUGGUGGUAUGAACAGUGCGGUUCACGCUAUGGCGUGCUAUUGUAUGUCCAGAGGCCACACACCAUAUGCCAUCCACAAUGGGUUUUCAGGUCUGGCUCGUCACGAGAGUGUGCGGUCGAUUUCGUGGCUUGACAUUGAAGGCUGGAACUCUCUUGGUGGUUCCGAGAUCGGUACCAAUAGGUGUGUUCCAGAAGACACUGAUAUCGGUAUGGUGGCCUACUAUCUGGAAAAAUACCGUUUUGAUGGGCUGAUUUUGGUUGGUGGUUUCGAAGCGUUUGUGUCUCUAAGUCAACUAGAACAUGCCAGAGCAGCAUAUCCAGCUUUCCGGAUUCCAAUGGUGCUCAUUCCAGCCACCAUUUCCAACAACGUUCCGGGAACCGAAUAUUCUCUUGGCUCCGACACCUGCUUGAACUCGCUGGUUGAUUACUGUGAUGUGAUCAAGCAAUCUGCUGCAGCCACCAGAAACCGCGUGUUUGUGGUUGAAGUGCAGGGAGGAAACUCUGGUUAUAUCGCUUCUUUUGCUCAGUUAGCUUCUGGAGCAACUGCUUCAUAUGUCCCUGAAGAGGGUAUUUCUUUGACCCAGUUAGAACACGAUAUCGCAUCUCUGCGUGAGUCCUUUGCCAAUGACAACGGAAAGACCAAGUCAGGUCGUCUCAUUCUGAAGUCUGCCAAUUCCUCCAAGGUUUUGACUACUCAGGUGAUUGCAGACAUCAUCAACCAGGAGUCUCGCAAGCGUUUCGAUGCUAAGACUGCUGUUCCAGGUCAUGUUCAGCAGGGAGGUCUUCCUUCGCCUAUUGAUCGUACCAGAGCUGCCAGAUUUGCAGUUAGGGCUGUUCAGUUUAUCGAGGAUAAUACAGAGCUUAUGAGUGGAAUUCGCGAUACAUGGGAGCCUGUUGAGACUCUGUCUCGUCCAGAAGUGACAGCCACAGCUGCUGUCCUUGGAGUUGAGCGCUCGCAUCUGAGGUUCACUCCAGUGAGGAGGUUGUAUGAUUUUGAAUCUAACCAAGGCAAGAGGGUGAGGAAGAAGAUCUUCUGGGACGAAGUGAGGGAGAUUGGAGAUAUGUUGGUGGGUAGGAGCAAAGCGGCUUGA